AUUGUUAGAAAUGGAAAACAAGCACAGGAAGGAGAGAUCCGUUGCUUCAUUCAAAAGCUUAAUGUGAACAGUAAAGCAUAUUCAUCUUUGCUUGCACAUCCUGUUCAUCGCCUCAUUAUCAAUUUUCAUAUAACAACACAGUUUUUCUGGUUUUUCAUUCCAAACUUUUAAAAGUGUUCAAACAGGAAACCUUUGCAUGGAACAUUCAUCGAAGCAAAAGAGAGUGAGUUUUUCUGCAGCAGAACAAGGGAAAUAUACUGCAAUGGGGCAAAACUGGAAUUAUGAUUCUGAAUAUGCAGUUUCUGUGGCUGCUGCUGCAUUUGCCGUUUACUCACUGGAAGAAGCUGAAGCAGAACAUAAGAGAAAAAUAACAGAACAGCUCGAGAACUCGAAAAGCGGAAUCAGAACUAGAAAUGAAAGCAUAAGAAGAAAUUCUUUUAGCAAGGAAGUGAAAAAUGCAGGUAUUUUUGUAGGUGAGACAUCGACUCGAAAACCUGCAGAGAGGGACCAAAGGUUACCGGAGAAUUCUGCAGUGAUGUCUAGCAGAAAACCGAGUCGUUCUGCCUCUAUGAGACCAAUGAUUUCCAUGGAUCAAAGGCAGAGGAGUAAUUCAACAAGGAGGAGUGUUGCAGAAGACAAAGUAGAUACAUGGGAGAAGGCUCAGCUUCGAAAGAUUAAUAAACGGUAUGAGAAGAUGAGAUCAGAAAUCAUUGCAUGGGAAAACGCGAAAACGAUUGAGGCUAAGCUACGUAUGGAAAAGAAAAAGAAUGAGUUGGAACUGAGGAAAUCAAGAAAUUUGCAGCAUUACCAGCUGAAGGUCUCAAGGAUUGAAGCUGUAGCUGGAGGAGCAAACAGACAAUUAGAUGAGAAACAAAGAAAUGAAGAAUCUGAAGUGAAAGAGAAGGCGAAACACAUGCGAUCCAAAGGCAAGAAUCCUGUCAGGUUUUUCUGCUGCUAGAAAGAACCUAAUAGCCUGUAAUUAAUUUGAAUUGUAUAAAUGCUUUAUUGUUCGUUACAUCAUUAACUAUUAGAAUAAGUGAAAAAUUAGUGUGAAGAUUAAGAGAUGUUGUAAGUAUUUGUAUCUGACUAAUGCACAUUUGUAGUAACAAUUCACAGUAUUGACAGUGUAAAUGAAAUAUUUGUUAAUAUGGGGUUAAGGGUUGUAGUUUGAUUA